UGAUUCCGCGAAGCCCCAUGUAGGUUUCCAUUAAGCUUCUCUAAUGUCCACACCUUAGUCCCCGGUUCAUGGAGCCCACCAGAGACUUUCCACUGUUCGGGGGCGCCUUCUCUGCCAUCCUCCCUCCUGGGGCCAUUGAUGUGAGUGACCUCCGCCCGGUCCCGGACAACCAAGAAGUUUUCUGCCAUCCCGUGACCGACCAGAGUCUGAUCGUGGAACUUCUGGAGCUGCAGGCCCACAUGCUGGGCGAAGCGGCUGUGAUGUACCAUUUUGAAGAUGUUGGCGGAGUGCAGGGGGCUAGGUCUGUGCACGUGGAGUCUGUGCAGCCUCUCAGUUUGGAGACUUUAGCCCUGAGGGGCUGUUGUCAAGAUGCCUGGGUCCUCUCUGGCAAGCAACAGAUAGCUAAAGAAAACCAGCAGCUCUGACAACGGGUGUCUUGGCCCUGAAAAUCUGUCAUCUCCGCCCUGGAGCUUGAGUAACUUUGAACAAUUGGUGACCAGUUUGACCCUCCAUGAUCCAAACAUCUUUGGUCCUCACUAAAGACGCAUGCUGCCGCCGCUAAAGGACUUAGGGACCCAGUUCUGAGAAAAGGGAGAAAGAAAUUGGAUACCUGAGUUUCCUCUUCUUUCCUGGACAUAAACAUAAAACACCUCCUCUGCAGAAAUAAACUUGUUUUACCACCA